CUCUCAUUGAGGUUUCGCCAAGGUUUGAUGUUUCUGGAUUGGGCAGCAGAAAUGUCAAAAAUUCAAAUUCUUUGCGCCGGCUUGAAGCUGCACUUUUGGAUCACCCUCUUUUUGUAUCAUCUCAGCGAAUUUUUCAUACCGGAUAAGACGUCUUGCGAUCUGUGUGUACUUCUAGUAGAGUUUUGCACGAAACAAAAUCAUUCAGAAUUUUAGGUACAAUCAAAAAUGGCAAGAUCAUCUUCGCGAACUACUCGCCUUCUCGGGCUCUCAUCCCUCUGCGCACGGCUCCGCUACUGGUGGCGCUGCUCACUGGUUUUACCAUUCUGUGGUGCAUUGUUAUUCAGGAAUCGGACCAGCAUGACUCUCUUCGCUUUCGCCACGAGCAACGGGACGACCGGCACAGUAGUACCUGCGCCCACUCCCUCAGUAGCCAACCCGAACGCCCCCAAUUGCGCGUUUGGCCGCACCGCCCAUCUUCAACUGGGGAAGCGUGCCGUGCUGUGCGUGUUCCUCGGGCCGACCAGUGACACGAACCCCGCGCAGUCGGCGAAAAAAUUGGUGUUUUCAGUGAAGGUCGACGAGUACUCGUCUCUCACGCUCUCCGGGGCCCAGGAAUUGACAAAUGCCGUAGCGGAAAAAAACAUCCCUGUUUACUCUUGGGUCGCCGCGGCGAACACGGGGACAAGCUUCGCAAAAAACUGCGGAGCUGGCACUCCAGACACGACGAACGCAACGAGCGCAGCAGCAGAGCCGGCGAACAGCUACAUUACAUGUCCGCAGCUCUACCGGAACGGCCAGGGAUUGUUAGUGCCUUUCGUGUCCCUGGUAAUAAACAUCGAGGACGGGAACAUCAAAUCUUUGGUCUUCGACAACAUCUGUCCAAAUUGUUCGGAUAAUCAAUGCCUACCGUCCCAACAGCACCUCGAUGCGGACUACGCGCCCGUCGGGUCUCCGAGAUCCAGUUCGAAAACGUGCUCGCUGGAAACUGCAGUGUUGCAGCAGGCGCAAGAUUUCAAGAUUUUCGUCACCUGGGCGGGCACGGACAAAAACGGCCGACAUUGCAAGUCAAGCGCCUUCCGGUUCUCCCGUUUUGCCGGCGCGACGCUGUCGGACAUGUGGAGCUUCACGCAGGAUAAUUAUCACUCGUCUUUUGGAUAACAACUACACGGAUGAUUUUUGAAGUCGUGGUCGACGCGCGAGAUUGAUUGCGCUACGUCGUAUCAAGAAAGUCUUCGGAGAACCACGCAGGCACAAAUAUCAACAGUCAUCUACUUUUGCAACCAUGUAACUUGUUCCCACGACAAAUGAUGAAU